AAGGGAGGGAAAGUGUAUAGAGAAAUAUAACUGUAUAAGUAGAAAACCCGAGAGUAAUUAACAUUUCCUACUUUAAAAGGAACUUUCCGCCAUUAAUAUUCAUUCAUCCCAAACAAAGAAGAAGAAGAAUCGAUCGACUUCCUGCCUGCCGAAGAUGAAAGGAGGAGAAGAAUACGGUAAUCCAGAUAGAAUCGAUUACAUGUUCAAAGUAGUAGUGGUUGGUGAUUCCGCCGUUGGAAAGAGUCAGAUUCUAUCUAGAUUUACUAAAAACGAGUUCUGUCUCGAUUCCAAAUCAACAAUCGGCGUUGAAUUCCAAACUCGUACUGUAACGAUCAAUUCCAAGCUCGUCAAGGCUCAGAUCUGGGAUACCGCUGGCCAAGAAAGGUAUCGAGCUGUAACAAGUGCAUACUAUAGAGGUGCCUUAGGAGCAAUGUUGGUCUACGACAUUACCAAGAGACAAACGUUCGAUCACAUAGCAAGAUGGGUCGAGGAACUUCGCCUCCACGCCGACAGCUCGAUCGUGAUCAUGUUGAUAGGAAACAAGUCCGACAUGGUCGAUGCAAGGAUGGUCCCGACUGAGGACGCGGUCGAGUUUGCGGAGGAACAAGGCUUAUACUUCUACGAGACGUCGGCACUCAAUGGGGAUAACGUGGAGACUUCGUUCCUCAAGCUUCUCGAUGAGAUCUUCAAGGUGGUUUCGAAGAAACGAUUGGAGGAAGGUAAUGUGGGAUUACCUUUAACAUCGGUAGGAACAAAGAUCGAUGUGAUAUCUAGUCAAGAUUUCGAGAUUAGUGAAAUGAAGAAGAUUUCAUCGUGUUCUUGUUGAAUUGAUUGAUUUUUAGUUGAUCUAGUGUUUGUUAAGAUUUAUAGCUAAUCAAACUUUGAUAUUAAUGAAUGAUGAUUUGAUUUGAUUUGGCAAUUGGAAGCAUAUAUAUAUGUUAUGUAAUUGUGUUU